AUGGCGCAACUCGACACUCUCGAUCUGAUUGUCCUGGUGGCGCUCCUGGUGGGCAGCGUGGCCUAUUUCACCAAGGGCACCUACUGGGCCGUUCCCAAGGAUCCCUAUGCCAGCUCCGCCGUCGCCUUGAAUGGCGCGGCCAAAAGUGGCAAGACGCGCAACAUCGUCGAGAAGAUGGACGAGACGGGCAAAAACUGCGUCAUCUUCUACGGCUCGCAGACGGGUACCGCCGAGGACUACGCCUCGCGGUUGGCCAAGGAAGGCUCUCAACGCUUUGGUCUGAAGACCAUGGUCGCCGACAUUGAAGACUAUGACUAUGAGAAUCUGGAUCAGUUCCCCGAGGACAAGGUGGCCUUCUUCGUGUUGGCAACCUACGGUGAGGGUGAGCCAACGGACAACGCGGUCGAGUUCUACCAGUUCCUGACUGGAGACGACGUGGCCUUUGAGAGCGGCGCCACCGCGGAUGACUCGCCUCUCUCUUCCCUCAAGUAUGUCGCAUUCGGUCUCGGAAAUAACACCUAUGAACACUACAACGCUAUGGUCCGUCGCAUCGACACGGCGUUGACCAAGAUGGGCGCGCAGCGCAUUGGCACUGCCGGUGAAGGCGACGACGGCGCGGGCACCAUGGAGGAGGACUUCCUCGCCUGGAAGGAACCGAUGUGGACUGCGCUCUCCGACGCUAUGGGUCUCCAGGAACGCGAAACCACCUACGAGCCGGUCUUCUCCGUGGUCGAGAGCGAGGACAAGUCGCCCGAAGAUGAAACGGUCUACCUCGGAGAGCCCACCGCGGCCCACCGCGCCGGUCAGCCCAAGGGACCUUACUCUGCUCACAAUCCGUAUAUUGCCCCCAUUGUCGAAUCUCGCGAACUGUUCACCGUGAAGGACCGUAACUGCCUGCACAUGGAAAUCAGCAUCGCUGGUAGCAAUCUGAGCUACCAGACCGGUGAUCACAUUGCUAUCUGGCCCACCAACGCCGGUGCGGAGGUGGACCGUUUCCUGCAGGUCUUCGGCUUGGAGAACAAACGCCAUACGGUCAUCGACAUCAAGGGCAUUGAUGUCACCGCCAAGGUUCCGAUCCCUACUCCCACUACCUACGAUGCUGCAGUCCGCUACUACAUGGAAAUUUGUGCCCCGGUUUCUCGUCAAUUUGUCUCGUCACUGGCGCCCUUUGCUCCGGACGAGCAAAUUAAGGCCGAGAUCACUCGCUUGGGUAAUGACAAGGACUACUUCCACGAGAAGAUCGCAAACCAGUGCUUCACUAUCGCUCAAGCCCUGCAAGCCCUCAGCCCGAACCCGUUCUCCGCCGUCCCCUUCUCCCUUCUCAUCGAGGGUCUCAACAAGCUUCAACCCCGGUACUACUCGAUCUCAUCCUCGUCCGCCGUUCAGAAAGACAAGAUCAGCAUCACCGCCGUCGUCGAGUCCGUUCGUUUGCCUGGUGCUUCGCACAUCGUCAAGGGUGUCACCACCAACUAUCUCCUGGCUCUCAAGCAGAAGCAGAACGGCGAUCCGUUCCCGGAUCCUCACGGCAUGACCUACGCAAUCACCGGCCCACGUAACAAGUACGACGGCAUUCAUGUGCCUGUUCACGUUCGUCACUCCAACUUCAAGUUGCCUUCGGAUCCCUCCAAGCCCAUCAUCAUGGUCGGUCCCGGCACUGGUGUCGCUCCCUUCCGCGGCUUCAUCCAGGAGCGUGCGGCCUUGGCUGCCAAGGGCGAGAAAGUCGGCACUACAGUCCUGUUCUUUGGAUGCCGCAAGCGUGAUGAGGACUUUUUGUAUCAGGACGAAUUCAAGGCCUAUCAAGAGCAGAUGGGUGACUCGCUGAAGAUCAUCACCGCUUUCUCUCGCGAAGGCUCCAACAAGGUCUACGUUCAGCACCGUCUGAAGGAACAUGCCGAAUUGGUCAGCGACCUAUUGAAGCAAAAGGCCAACUUCUACGUCUGCGGUGAUGCCGCCAACAUGGCACGCGAAGUGAACAUCGUGCUCGGCCACAUCCUCGCUGAACAACGUGGCAUGCCAUCCGAUAAGGGCGAAGAGAUGGUCAAACACAUGCGGAGUAGCGGCAGUUACCAAGAGGAUGUAUGGUCAUGA